AUGAAGAUCUCUUUGAGGCUUCUCGUCGGUAGACUAACGCAGUGCAUAGGCAAGACCUCGUCUGCGCUCUGCUUCUUCCUGUACUUUAUGCUCAACUGGAGCUACACGACCGCCGUAUUCACCGAUCCCGGAUCGCCGCUGAACAUGACAAGUGGUUAUAGCCAACUACCCACGCAAGAAGGAGGAGGCUUGCAAUACACAUCGUUCACGGUCAAGGCAUCUACAGGCGACAUACGCUACUGCAAGAAGUGUCAAGCGCAGAAGCCAGACCGCGCACACCACUGCUCGAGCUGCAAGCGGUGUGUGCUCAAGAUGGACCACCAUUGCCCGUGGCUAGCGGCGUGCGUGGGACUGUACAACUACAAAGCCUUCCUCCUUUUCCUGAUCUAUUUGACAUUCUUCUGUUGGGUUUGCUUCGCAACGUCGGCAACCUGGGUGUGGAGUGAGAUUUUGAACGACGUGAACUACACGGAGUCAUUCAUGCCGGUCAACUAUGUCUUGCUUGCUGUUCUUUCUGGCAUCAUCGGCAUCGUAAUAACUGGAUUUACUGCUUGGCAUUGUUAUUUGACGGUUCGAGGCCAAACGACGAUCGAGAGCUUGGAAAAGACGCGGUAUCUGUCGCCACUGCGGAACAGCAUGAAAGCUCAGCUUUCAGACCGCAACUACCUGGACGCCCAGGCCAACGGACGGUUGAGCAUUAGCGACCAGUUGCGCGAGAUCCAUGCGAAUGCCCUACCAGGAGUCACCAGGCCAGAGGAAGGUGUUUCCUCACCCGCCCAGCGUUCUUCACGGUCACCAGCACCAACUAGCAACGGCUAUUCACACCCGAACCAACAGUCUUACGAAUGGCGUGAGCGGCAGCAGAAUUACGAUCGCUACGAAGACUACCUCGAUGAACGGGAUAACGAACAACUUCCGAAUGCAUUCGAUUUGGGCUGGAAAAGGAACGUGGGGCACAUAUUCGGACCUUCUCCACUACUAUGGUUCGUGCCAAUAAUCAACACGACCGGCGAUGGAUGGUCGUGGGAGGCAAGCCCUAAGUGGCUAGCGGCAUGCGAGCGCAUCAAGAACCAGCGCGAGGCAGAAGAAAGAAUUCAAAAACAGCGUGAGCGCGACGCUGGCUGGGGCGUCGACUCCCCUACCGAAGCAGAAUUCCGGCGAAACGGACGCGCCCCUGAGCCCUGGCAGGUCAACCGUUUCGCGCCGCCCCAGCGGACGCCCAGAAGGCCAGAUUGGCAGGAAACGCGCCGACGAGGAGAGGACGCCCGGUACUUGACCACGUCAAACGGAAUCGUAUCCACGCCGACCGAGGGCCGCCGCAGCCCGAGCAAAGCCGAUCAGAUCCUCGGACGUGAAAACGGAAUGUACGCAGACGGCGACGUACAACUUCAACCGAUCGACCGCCGGAAAUUCGACCAGUACAACUACAUCUCCGACGACGACGACGCAGACGACUACGAAGUCUCCAGCGACGAAGCGGCCGCCGACCAGCGAAAAGCGCCUAAACCCGUGCCCCUGCCCAAAACCAGGGACUGGAACGACAUCCCAGAAGACUUUUUGAGUGCGCCGCCUAAAGGAAGACGGAGGAGUCCUGCAGCGAGUCAGGAGAGGCAAGCGAAGAAGGCGCAGGAGUGGGAUGACUGGGACCAGGGUAAGGAUAAGGAUAGGUAG